AUGACUAUUGCACUUGGUAAAGUUGACGAGAAGCGUGGUUGGUUUGACAACGUUGACGACUGGCUUAAGCGUGACCGUUUCGUAUUCGUAGGAUGGUCUGGUAUUUUAUUAUUCCCUUGUGCUUAUUUUGCACUUGGUGGAUGGCUUACUGGAACAACUUUCGUUUCAUCAUGGUACACACACGGAUUAGCUAGUUCAUACCUCGAAGGAUGUAACUUCCUUACUUCAGCUGUAUCUACGCCAUCGAACAGUAUGGCACACUCACUUCUUCUCCUUUGGGGACCUGAAGCACAAGGUGACUUCACUCGUUGGUGUCAACUCGGUGGUUUAUGGACAUUCGUAGCACUUCACGGAGCUUUUGGAUUAAUUGGAUUCAUGCUCCGUCAGUUUGAAAUUGCUCGUGCCGUACAGAUUCGUCCGUACAACGCGAUCGCAUUCUCUGCUCCGAUUGCUGUAUUCGUAUCGGUAUUCCUUAUCUACCCUCUUGGACAAUCAGGAUGGUUCUUUGCACCUUCUUUUGGAGUAGCUGGAAUUUUCCGUUUCAUUCUUUUCUUCCAAGGGUUCCACAACUGGACACUUAACCCAUUCCACAUGAUGGGUGUAGCUGGUGUACUCGGUGCAGCACUUCUUUGUGCUAUUCACGGUGCUACUGUAGAGAACACACUUUUUGAAGAUGGUGAUGGUUCUAACACAUUCCGUGCAUUCAACCCAACUCAAGCAGAAGAAACUUAUUCAAUGGUUACUGCAAACCGUUUCUGGUCACAAAUUUUUGGAGUAGCUUUCUCUAACAAGCGUUGGCUUCACUUCUUCAUGCUCUUUGUACCGGUUACAGGAUUAUGGAUGUCUGCACUUGGUGUAGUUGGUUUAGCGCUUAACCUCCGUGCAUACGACUUCGUAUCACAAGAGAUUCGCGCAGCAGAAGAUCCUGAGUUUGAAACAUUCUACACAAAGAACAUUCUUCUUAACGAAGGAAUCCGUGCAUGGAUGGCAGCUCAAGAUCAGCCUCAUGAAAACCUUGUAUUCCCUGAGGAGGUACUUCCACGUGGAAACGCUCUUUAA